UUUGGAGAAGAGCUGUUUGUCCAGUAACAUGAGGCCAAUUUUCUGUGGGAACCUUGACUACGAUGCUCGCCAGUCUGAAAUCGAGCGUCUUUUCAGCAAGUAUGGAAGGGUGGAGCGUGUUGACAUAAAGACAGGUAGAACUAAUUACGCUCAUUCUUUUACAUGUAGGUGGCCCUUUUUGCAAUCUAAACUGCCAUCACAGCUAUCUCAGUCUCAGUAUUCAGUUAAGUAAGUCACCAAACUCUUUAAAAGUUCAGCUUAUAAGUGAAAUACUGGUAUAAAUAGAUUUAAAUUGAGUUUUUGUUAAAUCCAAUAUGCCUGGUGCAAACUGAAAUUUACUCAAGAAGGUAUAUGAUUUGCACAACUAUGUGAUCUCUGUAUAUGCCUUCCAACUGUGUGGUGCACCAAGUUGACUUCAACAAGAUUGGUUGAAUGCCAAGUGGAAACAGCUGUACCUACUGCGGCAAAGACUGACAUCUUUUUCUACAACCAUCCAUGGUGGGGGGCGUUGUGAUCUGUUAUGAGAUAUGAUAUGGACGAAGUUGUUCUGUAUCCACUUUAAAGCCAGAGAAGGUUCAGCAGAAUCGGAUUAUGUUUAUGUUAUGUUGUGAAGUCAUUGGACAAGUCCGAACCAGGAUAAAUUUCGAAAAAAUUAUUUCUUAAAGUUUAGGUCCAGUACUCAAUUAUUUCUUUGCCGCAGGAAUAUCAUGGAGCACCUGUGCUCUUCCUUGUUGAUGGACUGGGCUCUACCUUUCCUGCCUGAGCCCCGACUCAUGCCCUGUCCAUUACCAGGAGUUCACAGUCCACCCUGGCAUCUGUUCACUUGGAAACGACCACCUCGUGACUGAUGCCUUACUUUUACAUCAAUGUCGCACCCUCCUCUCCCGCCCGAUUACAAUCUCCCACGCCAAUCCAACCAUGCCAAUCUCACGGCCGGCUGGAGAAGAGUGGAGGUUGCACCACCACCACUUUUGGUGUACCAUGAACAUUUGGAUUACUGUACUCUGACAUCAUUUAGUGCAACAUACACAAGGUCUGUUCCUAUUCGUUCUGGCGUAUCAUUUUGUAGCUUCACGAGGAUUUGCGUUUGUCUACAUGGAAGACGAACGUGAUGCUGAAGAUGCUAUUCACAGACUUGACAGAACUGACUUUGGCAGAAAAGGGAGGAGACUUAGAGUUGAGUGGACAAAGGAGGAUCGCAGUGGUGGUCGAAAAGGAAAUCCCAAGAGAUCUCCAACCAGUGUGAAACCAACCAAAACCUUGUUUGUGAUUAACUUUGAUCCAAUCAGCACAAGAACAAGAGAUCUGGAGAAACACUUUGAUCAGUAUGGCAAGAUUGCGAAUAUCAGAAUCAGAAGGAACUUUGCCUUUGUCCAGUAUGAAUCACAGGAGGAUGCUACUAAAGCACUGGAUGGUACUAAUGGAAGCACCCUGAUGGACAGGGUCAUCUCUGUUGAGUAUGCACUUCGUGACGAUGAUGAGAAAAGGAACGGAUACAGUCCAGAAAGGAGAGGUGGUCGUGAUAGAUCUCCGGACAGAAGGGACAACCGUGGUCGCUCUGGGAGUCCUUAUGGUAGAGGGCGGGAAAGGGGCAGCCCGGACUAUGGCAGGGGCAGAGAGAGGGGCAGCCCGGACUAUGGCAAGGGUGGUGCCAGAGGUAGCCCUGAUUAUGUCCGUGGUGGAAGCCCGUAUGCGGGCAAAGGUGAUGAGAGGCGCAGCCCCAAGUAUGAUCGUGAACGCCGUGAAGCCAGUCCUGGCUAUGACCGGCCCCGCAGCCGUUCGCCUGCAAGGGAAGACAGGGACUGAAACUGCUCAACAACCCACCUGCUUCAGACCAAUGGCCGUGCCGCUGUAGUGAUGCUAAAGUUGCUUGUAUUAGGCCCGUCGGAAACUUCUGUACUAUCUCUACUAGUUAGCUCUAGCUCUGAACAUUUUGUUGAUUUGAUUUGAAUUCAGUGAUCUUAGCUUCAAACUUUUCCUGUUCUGAUGCGAAGGGAUUCGUCAGAUAAGACUGUUGGUGAGCAAUGAACUGUACCUUAUAUUGAUCGACAGUAUGCUAGCAUGCAAUCCUAGUGAACUUUGCCUAUUGUGCCA